CUCAAAAGCCUCCACUUCCCGCUCCUUGCUCCCUUCUCCCUCUCUCGCAGCUGCGCGUGCGCUUCUCCGUUCUCUCGAUCGAACGAAAUGGAAGAGGAAGUCGCGGAAACGGAAGUCGAAUCGCAGGUGUAUAUGGCAUGCCUCAUGCAAGGUAAUCGUGUAGGAAUAGCAUACUAUGACUCAGGUGUUCGACAACUUUUUGUCACAGAAGUUUGGGAAGGUGGAAAUGGGGAGUUUCCUCUGAUUGAUCUUGUGAAGUAUCAGGCAAAACCUGUGGUUAUAUAUGCCAGCACUAAGACCGAGGAAGCAUUGUUGUCUGCUUUACAACAAAACGGUGGAAAUGAAGCUGGCGUUGUGAAGCUUAUACGAAGUUCAGUAUUCAGCUAUGAACAAGCUUGGCACAGACUGGUAUAUCUAAGAGUUGCAGGGAUGGAUGAUGGGCUGAGUAUCAAAGAGAGAAUUUGCUUUCUUAAUUCCAUGAUGGAUCUUGGAAGUGAUAUCCAGGUUCGUGCUGCUGGGGGUCUUCUUGCUAUACUAGAGAAUGAGAGGCUUGUAGAUACCUUUGAACAAAAGGAAUGUGGCAACUCAUCGAUUACGAUAGAUUGCGUGACUCAAAUCUCAUUAGAUAAGUUUCUUAAACUUGAUGCUGCUGCUUAUGAGGCGCUGCAGAUUUUUCAAGUUGACAAGCAUCCAAGUCACAUGGGAAUUGGGCGAGCAAAGGAAGGGUUCUCAGUUUUUGGAAUGUUUAAUAAGUGUGCCACACCAAUGGGAAGACGCCUCUUGAGGAUGUGGUUCUUGCGGCCUAUACUUGAUCUUGACAUUUUAAAUAGUCGCCUUAACACAAUAUCAUUCUUUCUUUGCUGUGAAGAAGUUAUGUCAGCCUUACAUGAAACAUUAAAGUCUGUAAGAGAUGUUCCCCACUUGCUUAAGAAAUUCAACUCUCCGAGCUCCUUGUGUACGAGCAGUGAUUGGAAUGCAUUUUUGGAGUGCAUUUGUUCCCUCCUGCACAUAAACAAAAUCUUUCAAGUGGGAAUAUCUGAGUAUCUUCAGGAGAGACUUGAAUACUUGAAUCUAGGGUUAGUUGACAAGGCAAAUUCAUGCAUUGCAAUGGAGCUGGUUUAUGUCUUUGAUCUGGUGAUGGGUGUGAUUGAUGUUCAGCGAAGUAAGGAGAAAGAAUAUGAGACGCUAGUGAAAGAAGGGAUCUGUGAUGAGCUGGACGAGCUGAGAAUGAUAUAUGAGGGGUUGCCAGAUUUUCUAGAGCAGGUUUCGUCUUUCGAAAAUGCUUCUCUUCCAUUCUUGCAUGAGAGUAAAAAGGCUCCAUGUAUUGUUUAUAUACAUCAAAUAGGUUACUUGAUGUGUAUUUUCGAUGAGAAACUCAACGAAGACAUAUUGGAGAAACUUCAAGAUUUUGAAUUUGCGUUUUCAGAAGAUGGGGAUGAAAAAAAAUAUUUUUAUCAUACUUCCAAGACGAGAGAGUUGGACAACCUUCUUGGAGAUAUUUAUCAUAAAAUUCUCGGAAGAAUAAACAUCAUAACUGGUCCUAACUACUCAGGGAAAAGCAUUUAUAUUAAGCAGGUGGCUUUGGUGGUUUUUCUUUCUCAUGUUGGAAGCUUUGUACCAGCUGAUGCUGCUGUUGUUGGAAUGACUGAUAGGAUAUUUUGUGCUAUGGGAAGCAAACCCAUGACAACUAGACAAUCAACUUUUAUGAUUGACCUUCAUCAAGUGGGAAUGAUGCUUAGGCAAGCAACAUCACGGUCCUUGUGCUUGUUGGAUGAAUUUGGUAAGGGUACACUGACAAAAGAUGGCAUUGGUCUGCUUGGAGGAGCUAUAGAUCAUUUUGCAAACUAUGAUUGUCCUCCAAAGGUUCUGUUAUGUACACACUUGAUGGAGAUAUUUAACAAGAGUUGUUUACCCCAGGAGUACCAGAUGAGGUUGUUGAAAGAGCAGCCUUUAUUUUGGAGUCAUUCAAGUCUAAGAAGCCCAUUGAUCGCUUGCUCAGCCAGAAAUUAUUGGCUAAAGACCAGCAAUACAAGGAUGUGGUGGCGAAACUAUUGGCUUUUGACACUUUCAGAGGUGAUCUCAACAUGUUCUUCCAAGACAUCUUCUCAGAAUCGUUGUCUUGAAUUGAAACAUCUGUUGUUAAUGACAGAAGGAAAAAUUCAAAAACUAAUUAUGUAUACUUUUAGCAACUGUUCGGAAGACAGUUUAUGGACAAAAUUUCAGAUUUUCAGUCUCUGUGCGCAUACUAUUUGGCCACACCAUUAUGCUAGUGGUGUGCUUCCAUUGCAGCAUGCACCUGCUAUUUGAGCUAUGAACACAAAUAAGUGAGAUAUUAGAUGUCAAUGGGAGCUGAUCUAAUAAUGAGCUGAGAAUAAUGUAUGCUCAUAGAGAAAUAAAAUUGCUAAUGGAAAUAUAAGCUUGCAAAUUAUGCUGCAUUCUUGAAGUCGAUUCUGCCACUUCUAGGAUGCAAGCUGUUGGGUGCCUGUUGUAUUGCGUUUGUCUCUCUUAUUGAAGAGUUUGGCUUCUACUGUUUUGCCGGUAAUUCACAACACCUUUCAAUGUGUUACCUCUAUAGCUCCAAGUCUUAUUCUUUUUGAAUGAGUUGGAGUAAAGAAGUGGAAAAAUUGCAAUUCAAAGACACAUAAUAAUGUAUUACCCAUCUUACUUUUUUAUCUUACUUUUAUAUGGGCUAUGCAUGUGUAGGAGAUCAGUGACCACUUUCAAAAAACCACUUCUAAUGCAUUGCAGAUGCAAGUAUAGAUUAAAAGUUUGUUGCACAAUCUAUUUACAAAAUUCUCUUGGUUAUAGGAUGAUUCAGGAGGAUCCCUAAAUUUGAUAUGAACCAUUUUGGUCACUACGGGUAGUGCUGGAUAUGUUCAAAAGUAAGAUCUACCACAUCAUGAAGCUAAGUUGCAAGUUAAAUUUUUGGAGAUCAUAAUUUAGUCAUACGAUGUUCGAUUGAGAUAAUUUUUUUAAAAAAAUUUAGUAACUUCUCAAAAAUUACGAUGUGAUGCUACACCAUGUAGG